GCGAAGUACAUGCUGGCACAGGUGGUGGCUGCACUCCUGGCCGCCUUGGUGGCCUGGAGUGAAACCGUGCGAGGGCGGCGAGCAUAGGUUCUGCUGAGGGAUCUGCUGGAGGUUGGGAGGGUCCGGAUUCUUUUGGACUUCCCUUUCUUUGGAGACCCACUGACCACGAUCUCGUGGUCCUGCCCGCGGAGGGGUGGACGUUUCUGGUCUAUGCCGCCUUCCACAUGGGCUCCGCGGUGGGCGAUAAGUCCAUCAAACUGUUGCCGGGAAAGGGCUACGACAUCUUCCAGGCCGGCCUGGCGGAGUUGCUGGGCACCUUCGUGCUGGGCUACACAGUGCUGGCCGUCACGAUGGAGGGCUACUGCAAGGAGGUGGGUGGAUUGGUGAUCUCCUUGGCGGUGCUGGCCGGUGGCUUCGCGGUCGGAUCCGUCUCGGGAGGCGAGCUGAACCCUGCACUGGUGCUGGGGCUGGUGCUCGGCAACGUGGUGAAUCCCGGCAAGGGCGGGGUGGGCGCGCCGGCGGCCUGGCUCGUGCUUCUGGUCUGCGAGUUCCUGGGCGCCUACGUGUCCUCGGUGAUCUUCCGCAUCACCCACCGAUUGGAGCUCAUGCCCGAUGACGACGAGGACGACGUGAAGGGCUUGAGCAAGGCAGACGUGGAAGCGCCCGUGCCCGCCAGCAAGGCUGCAGCGCGCCCGGCCUCGUGAGCCGCCGGAUGAGCACUUCCAGCUAUGAACCGGACCGGCCAUGCACAGCGCUCCGCGCACCGCGCGCGGUGUGGAUCAUCGGCCGCGAAGAAGGCG